UCAGAUGGUUCAGGAGCUUUUGUUGCAGGUGGAUGGAGCCGGUGGAAGGGGCUAUGAUGAUCAGCUUAUUUAGGGGAUGAACUUUGCUUGUUUCCUGAGCUCUAGUCCAACUGCAGGAGCUUGCUGAAUUACUCUCUUAGGAUGGCGGAGAAGUCGCACAGAGGCCAGGAGAAGAGCAGGAGAGACAUCCUGAGGUCCACCAAGAAGGCCUGGACUCCCCAGGAUGAGCAGCUGCCUCCUGGCUCUGAGGAGGCAAGCCAGAGUCUCACUAUCCCCAUGCUGGAGGAUUCCAAACAAGAAAGUAUUCAGCAAUGGCUGGACUCUGGAUUCUUGGUCUCUGCCAAUGAAAACUUUCAGCCAGUCAUCGACCACUUUGUUUCUUUUCAUGAACAAGGAAUGGUUCAAAUGACUGUGAAAGACUACAUGAGAUCUCUGCAUCAGGUUUCAGAAACUCCCACUCUAUCCAGAGGGACCAGUUUCAACUCUUGCUAUUCUGCUGCAAGUAUACCACAAAGCAUUCCUGAAUGGCUGGAAUUUUGUGAAAAAGAUCCAGUGGAGAUUCUCUUAGAUCUGGGGUUUGGUGCUGACGAGCCAGACAUCUGCACACAAAUCCCAGCCAGAUUCCUGGGUGGUAGCUCAGCAGCCAGAGGAAUCAACAUCCGCGUUUUUCUUGAAGCACAGAAGCAGCGAAUGGACAUUGAGAACCCUAACUUGUACAGCCGUUUCCGACAGCUGGAAAUAUUGGAUCAUGUGGCCAGUGCCUUCUCAUCUUUGCUGAAUGAUGUAAACGUCCUGCAGAACAAAGCUGAAGAGGAAGACGAAGGAAAAAUUGUGCCAGGAACCUCCGUGAGUGAAGCCAAAGGGCAUCAAAGGAGAAUGGCUGAACUUUUUAGGAGAGGUUCAAAGCAGAACAUUAAGAAGGAUUACAGCUUGGAAGCAUCGGAGUCGUUGAAGAUGAGAGGUGAAUUUCCCGUCACCUCUGCAAAAGCGGGGGCCUGCAGAGCAGAGUUGCCAGCCAUGACAAGCGACCAUGACCCAAGUCAUGUGUCUCCGUCCUCAGAGCAUUGGUCUCUUCAAGCCUGUGAUGACUUGACACCUUGUCAUCCUCCCCAAGCUGUUCCGAGCAAGCAGUGGCCUCGCUCAUCCAUGCCAGCCAAGCAGGUUCCUCUUUCCUGUGUGUCUGAGGCAUCAGUUAAGACCAGAACGCGAAAGGAGAAUUCAUCUCAGACCAGCAAGCUCAAGAGUUUGCCUCGUCUGGCGGGCAAAGCACCAGAAUCCUUCGAAAUGGAAGAGGUCCAGAGCUUUGAAGAAGAGGCCAGUAAUCCUCUUGACAUGACUUCAGGAACUGUAGGUGCCAUGGUGAACCGAGCAAACAGCUGCCAGUCUGACAGCAGUGGGUUCCUGGAGGAGCCACCAGAACCACCACCCCUGCAGAUGCCUCCCUUGUCAAGCAGCCAUAGUCCUGGGGAGAGUGGAUGUAGAAAGCCAAGGGGUCAGAGCCACAGCUCAGGGUCAUCCCAGGACUGCCAGCAAGAGUCAGAUGAGUCGGAUUCCAGGAGUAGUAUGGUGAGCACGUCUUUUUCAAGUCAAGACUGGAGCGUUUUGGAAGAAAAAGCCUCAACCUCUGUGGUGGAGAGAGGGUCUCAGUUUGAGGCCAUGGAAGGGCCCCCAGGGCAGUUGACCCAAGAUCUGGCUCUUGCCAAGACCCCCCCUGGGGGAGAACUCCCACGGAAAGACAGCCAGCAGCAGCAGCCCCCGCCUGUGCCCCAAACUGAGUGUGAGACUGUCGCAGGCACAGACCCCUCCAAAGGUGAUUGUCCUCAGGGUCUUACCGUGGCGCGCAUCGCAGAAGUGAAGGCUGACCCUCUGAGGCCUGAGCGAGCUGGGGACGUGGAAGUGUGUGUGCACACUCACCCCUGCGGGUCUCAGAGAGCACCUGGGAUUUCUCCUCCUCAAGACGAGUCCCUUCGUGUUGACUCUGAGGCCCCAAGAGGGGUGGAAAGCAGUACACUCUCUCCUGACACUAACCCCUUACUGAUGCACAAAGAUGUCCCACAGCUUGUGCCCAGGCACCCGGAGGUCAUGCCCUCUGCAGUCAGCCGUGUUCACGUAUCGGAAGAGUCCGUUCCCCAUCUGGGUAACGUGGUCGGAGAUGUUCCCCAGGCAAGGCCAAGGUGUCGUGCUUUGGGUCAAAUACCACUUAGGGCAGAAUCUGAGAUGGGAUGCCUUCCUCCAAAUGCUAACUUAAACGCCGUUAGCUCCAAGUCUGUGACCGUCCAAAUGCCCUCCAGUCUGGCCUCGGCUGCUCACAACGCUGUGGUCUCGGGAAUGGAUUCUAGAAGAUCAACCGUAGAAUGCACUAAGUGUGACCCCGUCACGGCCGCAGAACCAGGACUGGGGACAGAAGCAAGACAGUUCAGUGAUGUUUCUGUUCAGACUCACACAUGUGAGUCUAGGCUCUGGCAUUGCUGUUCAGCUCCAAGUAAGAAGGCUCAGCCCCUCACCAAGUCUGUCUCUCUAGACACGGGCUUCCCGGGUCUCUACUCAGUGGGCAUCUGCCCUGCUGUACCUGCCCACUGUUGUGUCUGCUACCAUCACCAUCUGCACUGCCACCCAGAGAGGCAAAGCCCCAGCUCUGUGUCUUCAGCCUAUAGGCAUUGCUCAUGCUCACACAAGCAUCCGGAAGCCCAGUUCACGAGGCGGUUGGAAGUCCUUCAGGACACGACAGCAAGGGAGCUGUAUUCUUGCACAGUCCAUGAGAUGGAAACAAUGAAGAUGGUUUGCCAGAGUUUCCGGGAGCAUUUAGAAGAAAUCGAGCAGCACCUUAGAGGACAACAGGCGCUCUUUUCCAGGGACAUGUCAGAGGAGGAAAGGGAGGAGGCUGAGCAACUGCAAACAUUACGGGAGGCCUUGCGGCAGGAGGUGGAGGAGCUGGAGUUUCAGUUGGGAGACCGGGCUCAGCAAAUCCGAGAAGGGAUUCUCUUGCAGCUUGAGCUUCUUACAGAAGACCCACCUGAAAGCCAUACAAAUCUGCAUCGACAUAGCUGGACAGAAGAAAAGAAUGGCCAGACUUCAUGUGCGCCUGGGGCUGCCUUUCCUCCCAGUGAUGGCCAGCAGGCUCCUUGCUCAGGUGUGACCCCUUUGGCUGUCUUUCCUCCACCCACCUUGGGGAGAAGCCCCAGGAUGUCUCCUCCAGAAGCACAGUCAGGGUUAGAUCUGUCCUCUCUGUCAAGUUGUCCUGUUGGAGAAAAGAAUACAAAUGUUUUCCUCUAAAUCAGCGUGAGUUUGAUGAUCUUCCUGUAAGACGUAAGAGCACUUUCCAACUACAGCAAGAAUAUCUAAAUUUUCCCCAAGGAGAAGUUUCUAUCAAUCCUUCAUCAGCUAUUUUUUUUUUUUUUUUACUAUUCUACCCUAUGGUUAAACCUGGGAGGAAUAUUUUAAUACACAUUCAAUACAGAAUAAGUGAGUGCCAACUAUGUUCCUGGCGUAGGGUGUGCUGGCCAAGAUAUAUAUAUCUCAGGGUAUAUAUGGUAUAUAUGCUUGGCUGAAACUUACAGCCACUGGAGGAGGUAGAAUGUGAACACAUAAAUAGGUAUGAAUUUGAAAAGUGUAAAAGUGCUUUGGAGGAAAUAACAGAGUUUUAUGAAAGAGAAUCUAACAGGGAGUCUGAUUUAGAUCAGCAUAGUAGGAGGGCCCGGGGAAGUGACAACAGAAGGAGGAAAGAAGAUCCAGGCCUCAGAGGCAUUAGAUUCUCCAAAAGCCUUGAUUCAGUCGGUGAGCCAGAUGCAUGGACACAGCACCUACCAGGUGCCAGGAACUCCUCGUGUGCUGGAGACAGAGCUGUGAAGGAGACAGCUUCUCCUCCAAAAGAGGUGGAUGAAGAUUGAGAAACAACCACAAC